AUGAACAGUAAUCCUGCCGUAGUUAUUGAUGUUGGGUCUGGACUUUGCAAAGCCGGUUUUGCUGGAGAAGAUAGUCCUAUUAGUAUAUUCCCUUCUAUUAUAGGACGUCCGAAAAACCCACAAAUGAUGCUUGGAGUAAAAAGACAAGAAUAUUACGUUGGAGACGCUGCUCAACAAAUGAGAGGUGUUCUAGCUCUUCAGUAUCCAGUUGAGAAUGGCGUCAUCAAGAACUGGGAUGAUAUUGAAAGGAUCUGGCAUCAUACAUUCUACAAUGAGCUUAGGGUGAGACCGGAAGAUCAGGCUUGCCUUCUUACGGAAGCCCCCAGGAAUCCAAGAAGUAAUCGAGAGAGGAUGUGUGAGGUGAUGUUCGAGAAAUUCGAUGUUCCUGGUCUUUACAUUGCCAUUCAGGCCAUCAUGUCCUUGUACUCUUCUGGAAAAACUACUGGAGCUGUUUUAGAUAUUGGUGAUGGGGCUACACAUAUGGUACCCAUUUACGAUGGUCACGGACUAGAUCAUUUAGUAGUGCGACUGAAUCUUGCUGGUCGGGAUAUUACUGAUUACUUGAAGAAUCUCUUGCUCAAAAGAGGCCAUAGCCUUGUGUCGUCGGCCGAAUUAGAGGUUGUUCGUGAUAUCAAAGAACGUCUCUGUUAUGUUGCCAUGGAUGUAAAUGAUGAGUAUGAAAGAUCACAGAUGGAUCCAAGCAUUGAAAGACAAUAUGAAAUGCCUGAUGGCCAACUCAUUCAAGUUUCAACAGAGCGAUUCCAGAGUCCUGAAGUGUUGUUCAUCCCUGAACUUAUUGGACGCGAAAUCUCUGGAAUCCAUGAUGUAGCCUACCGUGUUAUAGAAGGUUGUGAUGUUGAUCUUCGUCGAUCAAUGUACAAGAGCAUUGUUCUUUCUGGUGGAAGCACAAUGUUUGAAGGACUUAUUCCACGCCUCGAAAUGGAAAUUGCCCGACAGGUUCCAAGGAAUGUCAAAGUCAAAGUAAUAGGUUCAGAUAUGAGGAACUUCGCUUCUUGGAUCGGUGCUUCUAUUCUCGGUUCACUAAAUGCUUUCAAUGACAUGGUUGUGACCAAGGAGGAAUAUGAUGAAAUGGGGCCUGGAAUUGUCCAUAGAAAGUGUUUCUAA